AUGCGUGGAGAUAUUUCUGACCUUAAACAGGAGUACCCUGAUCUAGCGGACGAAUUCGUCUCCCUUCGGAGCGAGCUGGAGUCGCCGGCUGACAGAGUAACUGGUUUAACCGCUGAUGGUAUAUCUUCCUGGGAAUCACAAGCGAAACGACGGCGUGAAGCGGAAGAGCAAUUCAGCAGCUCAUUACAACGAUUCGCGCUCAGCCUGGAUUCCACGGCUUUCUUCUUCCACCAACGAGAGACGAGUUGA